AAGCGGAAAUGCGAGGAAAUUUCCAAGAAGUCUGCCUCGAACGUGUUUCGUCUGAUUCCUCAAGGUUCGUGGAUAAUAACAAAUGCUGAAAAUAAGUUUAAAGCGUAUCUUCGGUUAAAGAUGUCUUCUCCAGGACAAGGAAAAGGUAACAAGCGAAAAUCAAAGGGAAGGGGAGGUACAGGAAGAGGAAGAGGGCGACAACAGCUGCCAUCGACAACACCAGGAAGAAGUCAAGACGCCGCGAAGCUUCCUGAUGAAAAGAGUGCGGAUGAAGGACAGUUAGCCGGGGCAAGCUGUAUAAGUUCUAAUUCAGCAACACCUGCUAGUUUUUCAGAUUCAAAAGCCCAGUCCGAGGAUAAACGCGGGCGGGAGAGCCGGUCUAAGACAGAUUCCAGUUUUAAGGCUUCAUCAACGCCUACAGCUCCUGUAAAGACGAAAGAGACCACAAGUCCUGUAGAACAUCGUGAGACGCUGCAGAAAUCAAGCCGUCCUUCUCCUCAAACAAAUGAGCCGGGAAAAUCAAUGCAACAGCCAUGUUCAGUAAAAGCUAGUAAGGCAGGAAAGUCACCUUCAUCAUCUCCAUCGUCUUCAUCACCUGCCAGUAGAGGUAAACUUAUUUUAAUAGACCUUGUCACAGUUUUCGACGCCAUCUUGACGAGUAGGCAAAACGGUGAGAAAUGACAGUGUUUGUAUGAGAAACUAAUGUCGAAUAAUUUCCAUAAAACGGCUGUUCUGAAAAAAAUAUCAAUUGUAAACACUAAAGCUUCAAAGCAAUUAAAAGAUUGUCCUAAACAAUUCUGGGGGCGUACCUGUACUUAAAUUUCUGCAGAGGCUUGCAUAUUUGUCUGUAAUUUUCCCGGGACUUUCUUAGAGACAAAUGUAUGGACAAUUUUAAAAAGUGGUUCUAAGUCUUCUGGUGCAUGUAACGCCCUCAAAUUUUUUCAGUAGAAUCCUUAGGAGUGAAGCUUUAGUUUACAAAUCAUAUUUUUUUCAGAAGAGUCGUUUUACGGAAAUUAUUUGACAUUAGAUUCUCAUACAAUUUAAUUUCUCACGCACUUGCCUACUCGUCAAGAUCGCAUCGAAAACCGUGACAAGGUCUAUUUUAAAGAAAAAAUACGGUAACCCUAAUCCUAUCUCCUAGUGGGUAACACCUGACACUGAUGCAUCGAUCUCAUUCAAGCACAUACACCGUCUAUUUAGCUGGUGUGACAGGAGCUAGUAUAAAGCAUUUAUUUAUUGUUAAAUACCUAACUGGCACCUGGCACUGUUUUCCUUACCCUUUAUUUAUGGCUCAAAUAGAGCGUUUUCACAUGACGUCAUGGCGGCCAUACAAGUGCAUGGGUGUUCCAAAACAAUAAAACGGCGGCCAUAUUGAUGUUCCAAACCAAUCCUGUGGGAGUUGAACUCUUUUCUUAUGUAAACGCUUUCUUUUGUUCCCAUAAAUUUUCAUAGACGCUAGCCACGUGAGUGAAAAUGCUCUACUGUGAAAUCUCUUUAUUCUUUUAACUUUUUAACUAAGAGUCUAAAAGUUAGUAUCUCUUUUGAGUAGAGCACCCCCUAUAUUUUUAUACAUACCAGUAAAUGCAGUGAUACCGGGGUCUGUAGUCUGUGUAAUUGGAAGUUAUAGUUUAACUUUUUCCUUCUGGUCCUUAGCUAUUAUAUAUAGUGAUGUAAAACUACAGUAAAAACAUGUUUGGCAUAAACUUAUUAAGGUUAGCUACUUCUAUAUUGGUAAUGCAUUGUACCGCAUACUAAUUACUAAGAGCCGAGUAUCAAAUAAUACUUACCUAUAGCCAGUGGCCAAUUAAAUGCAAUGUGUAGUUCCAGAAAAUAUCCAUACCCCCCCCCCGACGGAGGGCAAUGGAAGUUCAGAGGGGAGGUGGAGUCCAAAAGGAGGCAAUUUCCGAGGGGGUGGGGUGGCCUCUCGAGUCUUUUGUCUAGGGGCUCUGAGUAAGAUUGAUGAGCAAGCUAUCAGUUACAGUGGUGGAUCCAGGGAAGGGGGCCCCCACUUAUUUGUGGACCAAACUGAGGCCCAAAGGGCCAAAAAAUUAUUUUUGGAGACCGGGACCCCCCCUUAUCUAAGGUUCUGGAUGAGCACCCCGCCCUAUCUCAAACUCUGGAUCCGGCACUGUGUUAUUUUACUUUUGAAUGGUCUUUCAAAGCAAAAGGUAUUGUUUGCAUUGACGAUCUGUUAUUUGCAGUUGGCUGAGUGCUUUUUCCAUGGCUUGCAUGACAGUUCAUGUAGGAUGAUUGUUGGCAACUAAUGAAUAAACUUCCGGUUAUCUAUCUGUUGCUUUGUUACACAAUAUAUUGUGGUAAUCAAUGUAAUGUGGUCAUCAGGGUUGUCAGAAGGUUUUGAAGUAGAUGACCAAGUUGUCAAUGUAAGUGGCCAGUCCAGGGAUAUUCUAUUUAUGAAGAAAUGCCAAGCAAAUGACAACCCUGGGUCAUGUUCUAAUAAACCUUUCUUCUAACAUGUUUUUAACUGAGAGGAAGCAGAGCUGUAGCUAGUAGGGGGGGGGGGGCAGCUGCCCCCCUUGGACCUGUUAUGCCAGACACAUCAAGUCUCUGGAUGGAGAUGUUUUCUUUAGACUUAGAUAUUUUGAUUAUAGUGUCUUGCAAUAAUUGUUUGCCAUUUUCAUAUUAAUUUUGAGGUCGAUUUUUCAGGGGCAUCUCAAGACAAGUGCUGAAAAUAGUGUUUGGGAGCCUCCAUAUUUGAAAAUUGUCUGGGGGAGGAUACCCCCACACCCCCUACAAGGCUUAUGCCUUCAGCACUAGGGAUAAUGCCCCCCUUGUUACAAAAACCUUAAGCUACGGCCCUGGGAAGUAAUUGAAGUUCAUUGGUCUGAGAGAUGGCAUCACUCUGUAAGGCAAAAAAAUUAUUAUUCGAGAUUUAACUUGACACUGCAUUAACAUAAAUAUUGAGAUUUUUUCUCUCUUUAGUGUGGAAACAAUGACAGGCUUUCGCAUUAAAGUAUAGUGCAAAGGCAUUUUUGACGGAAAUAUUCUUCCAGGAGGUACCCAAAAAAGUUGAAAAAUUACAGAAAUUCCAGAGGGUGGGAGGCGGGUAUGACAAGCAUCCUGUGAAAUGAAAACUCCAGCGGGGUGAGGGUCUAAAACAAAAGUGCCCUCCAUGGGGGAGGAGAGGGGGGCGUAUGGAUGUUUCUUGGAACUACACAAUAUAUCUUUUAUUGAUACAGUAGACCAGCCUUUGAAGGCUCCGACCAUUGCAAGUGAUACUACUGCUGAUGAUGAAAGAGAUGUUAAUAAAUUAACAACCAAGUUUGGUUCUAGUUUGACUUCUGAAGGUAAAAACUUGAAUUUUUAACUUGUCUUUGAAUGAAAUGUCAAUUAACUUGUGAACUUUACAAAUGUGCCUGUUUGAUAGAUUUCAGAAACUACUUCUGUUACCAUUGGUAAAUCAUUCUUUUCUACUCACCAUGAUGACCAUGAGGUUACUGCAAGUUGUGGAUUUUUUCUUCAGAGCCCAACCAAUACUGACUCAAUACCCGAAGACUUGAUAUAGCAGAAAAGGAAGGUGCUGCCCCCCCUGGGGGGGAGGGGUACUCAACAAAUGUUUAUAUGGGGAGGCUCAGCCUGGAGGUCAAACCCCUUAUCCUUUUACAUACCAUUUUUCAUGAAAAAGGUAGCCCUUUUGUAUACCUUCUACUGACAAAUGGCACCCCUUUCACAUACCUUGUUUAGAACGUUGCAUCCCUUUUAACUACUGUAAAUGCUCUGUCUUGUAAAUAGGAAUCAAUCAUAAAAAUAAAACGUUUUCUCAACGUUUAAAAGCCUUAAAAUUCAUCUGUUAGCCCUUUUGGGCCCUUUCACAGACCCAAAUGACAGAUUUCACUACCCUUUUAUAUACUUCAACGAGUGAAAUCCCUACCCUUUCAUAUACCUGAAGCCUGCAAAAGAUACAUGUACCCCUUUUGGGCGGAGCCCCCCCCUUAUAGGCCAUUAUAGGGAGUAUCUCCCACCCCCGUGUGCUGCCCUUUCCUUUAUAACGAUUAUAUCUGUAUGGCUCAGAUUACAAUGUAGAAUUGCGCAUAACACAGUGCCCUUAAUUUAAUACAGUUAGUGCCUUUAAUUUUAUUAAUUCCGUGCAAAAUAUUACAUUGACAACUGGAUAAAGUAGGUAAGCUUAAGUAUCACUGAUGUAUCAUUCUUACCUAUAAUUUUAUCACAGCCCGCCAAACUCAAGGAGCUUACCAUCGUCCUAAAAGGCCUGACUAUGGCACUGAAGGCAAACCUAUUCCAUUAAGAGCAAACUCUUACCCCAUUAAGAUCUCAGCUGGGCUUUCUGAUCUGUAUCACUAUGACGUGGACAUAACACCUAAUCUUAAAGAAAAAAGAGAAGUUGUCAAUGAGAUCAUUAGAAAGUACAAAGAUACAACAUUCCAAGGUCAUGUACCUGCUUUUGAUGGGAAGAAGAACUUAUACAGUAGAAUCAGACUUCCUGUGGGAAAUGGACAAGGAGUGGUGAGCAAAGUUUAUUAUUCAAUAAAUAUUGUUCAUCUAAAAGUAAAGUUCGUUUUUUUGUAGUGAAUUAUCCCAGUUUGUCUCUCCUUUAAUCAGUUCAGUUCAGUUUAUUUAUUUAGCCAACUGAAUAAAAUACAUAUUAACUAUCAGGGGUGUAGCCAGUUUUUCGACUAGUUGUAGCCCUGGCUGACUUUCAUUUCCACAUAUGCUGAAAAUUGCACAAAUGACUAGUAUGCACUGACCUCACCAACACUUUGAGCUCUUAAGCUUUCUAAUUCUUUUAGCUCACCCCAAGAACGCGUCUGAUUUAUUACAAGCGGUGGAGUGAUCAAGCCAAUAAUUUGUAGGCCGGGGCCAACGCUAUCUAUGGGCUGGCUACGCUCAUGAUUAACAGAAACUCAGGGUCAGGGUUGAAACUUGCAACUCUCAUAUGUUUGCUUUGUCCGACAGCUCGUGAACGACGUAAUGAAAUUUUACUCCAGGUAAUUCAUGGCUUACAUGCAACAGAGACGAUGGUUACGAAAACGUUAUCAAAGAUGAACUCGCGCUGCCUCAAACUUUAUGCGGCAAUAGCAUAUUCGAUCUCUUUUUGUUCGUCAAUUGUUAGCAAAUGUUUCUGGAGUUGAAUUGUGAUGACUUUAUCGAGGUUCAGGAAAAGAAAAAGAAAGUAGUUGUCUUGUCGUUUUGGCCACCACACAACCGAAACGUGAAGUUAGGCAUUCUCACGUCGAAGUUGUGCCAUGACGGCAAAGAAAUGUACACGUACAAAAAGGCUUGCAAAUACCUAUUUGUUGUACUCUGUUCAUAUUCUUCUUUUUCUUCUUUUUUCGAAUAUGCAGUCUGAACUCAGUGUCAAGUUAAGCGGUGAAGGUGGUGGUAAGGACAGACAUUUUAAGGUUGGUUCUUUACAGGCGUAACAUAUUGAUCUAUUCAAUUCCUCUCUGCGUCUUAUUUAUUUUGUAACUAAUAGACAGUAUGUGAAUAAUGGUUUAUUAGAAAUCUAUAAAUCUCUCUUGAAUGAUCCUUAAUAUCUGUAAAACGGUCGUACCUACGAACUUGUUAGACAUUUUUUCUCGUGUAGAUUCUUUCUAUUCCUGUAACAGAUCUGCAUAAACUGAUACUCAGGCUAUAUUGGAACAAACAGGGGAAUCUUCCAAAACUGCAGUCUACUCCUUAAAGGCAUUCUCCUGGACCCUACUGUGACCUGCAACAUCACUGAGAGAAACUCCACCCCUUCCUAGACAUCACGUGGAAAACGGGAGAAGAGAGAACACCUUACCGGACUAGGCAGCAAAAAAUUGCAUUUAAGUCUAACAUUUCUACAGCUUUUAGAACACUAGAAAACUGUUGAUGUUGAUUUCUUAUUACAGAAAAUCCCAAGCCUUCAUCUGGUCGUUGCUAAGUAACUGUUUUUAAAGUUCCCCUUUUUAAUGUAGAAAAGUUAUGGCGGGGAUGGAGAAUUUAAGAGCUGCAUGAAUUUGUUUUAUCUUUUAUCUUUAGUUAACUUUGAAUCCCCUUGCAUGUACUUUUUUGUACUUUGCCCCCCUCCCUUAUAAUUUUUCUAAUGGUCCGUCCCUGAUGCUUAUUUCCUUUGUUCACGCAUCCUUUUGGCUUAUUUCUAUCUAAUUUAGUCUUAUUACUAGUCUUAUUUUAUCUCAUUUAAUUUUCGAACUUCCUUGUUGCUCAUUUAUCUUUUCAUUGGUGUAAACACUACCCUCCCAGAUCUGCAAUUGCUGGCUGUUCAGUAGCUUUCAGCUUUAAACUGCAAUGUCUCAAAAACUAUGAUGGAGGGUUCACUGUUGAACUUAUUUACCAAAAACACUGUUUCUCUCGUUUCUUUCCCGCAAGGUGAAAGUCCAGUUUGCUGGGCAAGUGAGUUUAUAUGAGUUGAAAAAGUUCUUAGACGGUGAGGGCAAUGGACAAGCCCCUCAAAAGGCUAUUCAAGCUUUAGACAUCAUAAUGCGUCAAGGGAUGCCGUCUCUUAAAUUCAUGCCAGUUGGGAGAUCAUUCUUUCCUAUAUUUGAUGGGUUUGCCCGUCCGUUGGGGGAAGGUUGUGAGGUACGGUUUGGUUUCUAUCAGUCUGUCAGGCAUUCAGAGUGGAAGGUACCACUAUUAAACAUUGAUGGUAGGUAGUUCUUUGCAAGUAACCGUAUUCAUUUUUAAACAGUACAGUAAAACCCCGCAACUAGGAACCUGGAUUUUCCCAAGUUAGUCUAAAAAGGUUCUUAUUUAUAAUAUAACUAAGAUAAAACGCGCGUUCCGAUUGGUUAAAAACCUAUGGUUUAUUGUGCCGGUAAACUCAUAGAAAACUCCGUUUUACUUAAAGUUCAUUCAGUAUAAAAGCAAUAGACCACACUUCCUAUGGGUUUACCGGCGUGAUACUCCACUUGGGAUGUUCGGAGAACACUCGAAAAGUAAAGAAGCUUUUCUUGUUCCCCAACAUCCCGCGUGGGUUGUCACGCCGGUAAACAGAAAGUGUGGUCUAUUGCUUAAAUAAAUGGCAGUUAGCACAAGUUAAUGCUAUUUAGGUUAUUUAAUAGGUUCUUAUUUUCCAAAGAAAAAAAUAUAUUAUUGGAGAGUGAAUACCGUAUUUAUUCGAAUAAGCGCCCAACCUCGAAUUAGCGCCCACCUCGAAUAAGCGCCUAUCCUAAAGGCAGAAAACGUUAAUAGGCGCCCAGCGCCCAAGCCUCGAAUAAGCGCCCACCCCGACCCCUCCCCUUUCCCCUUCCCACUCAAACUCAGAUAAGCUGUAUCUGCUUCUGGGGCGACUAACCCAUUUGCUGACGUUACGAUGUCGGACAUCGAGGAAGCAGCACCAGAGAAUUCAUUUAUUGACUUGAGUGACAACGAGAUUGAGUUUGAAAUUGAAUAAGUACUAAUAAGAGACUUCCCCGAAGACGGAAUUUUUUUCAGAGUAUUUUACAGAAAUCUUUUGUUUGUUACAUCUUUUCGCGUUUUGUUAUUACUACAAUAAUAACAUUAACAAUAAUUUAUUACAUACUGCACUUGCUGAAAAUGGUGAAUAUUUAAUAAGCGCCCAGCCUCGAAUAAGCGCCCACCUCGAUUAAGCGCCCACUCUCAGGGUCCAAAAAUUUAAUAAGCGCCCAGGGCGGUUAAUCGAAUAAAUACGGUACUAUUAAUUCUUGCUGAUAUAAUUUGUAUACUAUAUUUAAUUUGUAAUUGUAUCAAUAACAAUUUUAUUUGAUUUUAAACAUUGGCAUUUACAUUGAUAAGGCACCUAUAUCUCCAAAGAGGAUUCUGAAUGUUGACUCUGUAUCUUAUUUGCCCAAGUGCACAGAAUUUUUUCACAGAUUUUAGAAAAUAAGAACCUCUUUCAAAUUUUAGACUUAACAGAUUGUUAUAUAGAGGGGGCUUAAUUGGCAAAUUUUAGCCAGUAAACAGGUUGUUAGAAUUCAAGUUCUUAUUGGUCGCGGGGUUUUACUGUACUCAACCUUUCCGACUCCCUCUACCCCUCCCCUUACUGGAGUCAUGAUGAGGUGGCCCAGUUUGAGGCAUCCUCGGAGGGCGGUUACUGGGGUCGAUAAAAUGUUGGCGGUGGAAGUUUAUUGUAACUUUCACCACGAACAUUUUAUCGACCCGACUAACCGCCCCUGGGUCUCCGAGGAUGAGUUUGAGGAACUUGGUCGUUGGUUACACAGAAAGAUAAUUAUCUUAAAUGCGGAGUCUAUACAUAUUUGUUGCUUGAUUAGGUUUUGUACGUCUUUUAGUUUAGUAAUACCUUCUUAAUUAUUAUCCCCCUUUUUAGUAUCUGCCAAAGGAUUCUCAAAGACUCAACCAGUUGCUGAAUUAGUCUCGGAGGUUUUUAGGCUAAAACCAGGCGAACUUGAGAACCCCGCGAGAGUAAGAAAGUUGAACUGGGACAAGUUUGUUGAAGUUAUUAAAGGUAUUUUUACGAUCUCAGUUGCGCAACGGUACCCUAUCGAUGAUAAUCAAAAAAAACGGUCAACGGAUAAUUCUGAAAUAAAAACGUUGAAUUCAGAAGUGGUAUUUACUUACAGUUAUGUACUUAAAGCUUUCAAAAUGGAACAAGGACUUAAUUUUACUUACCUUCUAUGCUUGACUGCACUCAUAUGGUAACAUAUACAAUUACGUGAACGUGGUAGAUAAGGAAAGAUGGGAAAUUUUAAACUCGGUGAUGAAUAAAAAGAUGUAGCACGCGAAGAUUAUUUCAUCUUCGUCAUUAUGAACUUGUAAUAAUAACAAGCAAACGAACAAGAAAUCAAACAUUAAAUUCGAUACGACAUUCAUUGAGGAUUUUUUCACUUUUCCAAAAUUCUACUUCCCAGUCUUGUCCACCAUCACAUAUUUUGCUCAUACAUUCCGAAAUUGCAUCUUCGUGUAGCCUUAUGGCGAAUAAAAGCACACUGAGGCUGACGGAACCGUGAUUCAUGUCUCUUAGCGAUACUGUAUUCCCUUUACAAAAUGCUUUUUGUGAUUAAAUUUCGUCUUUGGUAAUAUGUUACAUUUUUUUGCUUUCUACCACUCAGGGCUUCGUGUUGAAACCAACCAUCUUCCCUACAAAAGAAAAUACACAGUGUGGGGCGUGACAAAGGAUUCAGCAGAUAAGCGACAGUUUGAAAUCGAUGACAAAGACAGUGGAAGGAAAUAUAAACUAACUGUGGCUGAGUAUUUUAAAGAAACUUACAAGAUGCAGCUAAGGUGCACAUUUGCUGUUUUUGUGUGAUUUAUAGAGAUUUUAUAGAAUCACCUUUACUGCAAACGUCAAUGUACACCAAGUGAUUUAAAAGAUUUGUUCUUUUACUUGUCGUUUACUGUUUGUAUGACCAAGGCCAAAUGUCGAACCUUCCAUGAGGCGAAUCGAAUAAUAUAAUUUGGGUCGACCUGAGUUAAGUUAAGUUCGUCUUUUGGGUGAGACGUCGAUCUAAUAAAGAUAAAGCUUCGAACCAGCGGGUCUCAAAUGCCGGAUUGCGAUUGCUUGAAUUUUCCGCGUUAAUUUAUCGGGUUCUCAGCUGCUUUAAUAUCUCAAAUAUCACUAUAGUGAAAAAGAGGGUCAAAAAAUGUGCAACCACUUUCAGACAUCCCGGGAACGUUCACAUAAUUUAAGCCAUACACUAUAAUAAAAAGUUUAUUUUUCAAAUUCACAAUCUGCCAAACAUCUCUUUUCUAGGACAGGCAAAUUAUCGGCGACUUUUUUGGGAAAUGAUCCUGCGCUCCUCCGAGUGUGUGGCGGAAAUCGAGCUUGGAAAAAAAAAACAUUUAAAGCGUAUGCACGAAGUACAACGACUGAUAUCGACAGUUUUACGAGAUAUUCAUAACUGGAGAACAGAUGAGCGCAUAAUUUUAAGUGUUUACGCGCACGUGUGACACAGAGACUGUGAGCAAAAUGUUUAUUCAAAAGUAACAAACAAGGAGAUAAACUAACAUCAAAGCCAGGAUUCGAGCCAGGACUCGAGCGAGCCAGCACUCAAGACAGGACUUCGAGCCUCAAUCCGAGCCAGGACUCCAGUUAGGACUUUUCUUAUCUUUCUGUAAGCAAAAAAAUAAAUACAUAAAAAAAAAAAAAUAAACAAAAAAUAAACAAAACUAAAAUAAAAGCAAUAAAAGGGACGCCUAACCUUACUCGUAACCUCCUAACCCUAACCCUAACCUAACUCAAGGCUAUCCCUAACCCUAACUUAACCUUAACCGUAACCCUAACCCGAGCUUUCCUUCCAUGAUUGCCACGAAAACCCUCCUAAUAAUGGUCAUGAGACUUUCUGGACGUGAAAAUGGCGAGAAAGCGAAAAAUUGUCGAGUCCUGGCUCGGUAUGUAGGCGGCAUCCUUACAAACGAACUCUGAAUGGUAGUAAACCUUGUUUCAGUGAUUUUCAUACUCAAUAAAAAUAAAGAACUCUUUUGAAAUUUCAACCAAAUUUCAUGACAAAACUCUUUGUGCGUUUUUUGCGCCCCCAAAAUCACUCAAAACAUUGCAGCAUAGAAACAAAUGCGUGGAAUGUAAUUAACCAAAGUUACCUUAAUUACACAUCUUACUUGCAUGAAACUCUGUUUGCUGUAAAAGUGAUUGUAAAUCACUCUAUAGUCGCUGUGUAAUCAUUAAGACAAAAGAACUGUUCACUUAGUUGCUUAGUCGGACCGUCCGCUUUGAGUUGUUGUGGUUAUCGAUACGAUACGAAAGUUUAACUAUCUGAGGAAAAAAGUGCCCAUGAAAUGGUUAGAGAUUCGAAAAGUGGUCAGGGAAAGCUCCCUUUAAAGCCUCUUUUAAAAAAUAUUAGUGAAACACUACAGUGGAUUAGCUUUAAUUUUAAAACACACUUUUUUCAUAGCCAUUUGCUUUCUACAAACAACGCGUUCCUCCCAGGUAAAAUCCCUGGCCCAGUUCCUCGAAAAAUUUUUAACUUUCGUUGUCUUGAAACACCGGCAAAGAAUUUUAAAACUUUUUUACUGGAUGUAAUUCUUGGCCUCCGGAAACUGGGCGAAGCAUUAAUCAUGUCCUAACAACAUUGGUUUGAGGCUACAUCCCACACAAGUUAAACUAUGAAACAAUAGGUUCUGGUUUUUAUUUUACUCAUCUAAAACGUCCUAAUUUAAAGCAAGACGCUUAUUGAAACGAAUACCUGCCAUUAAUACUUACCACUAUAAUAAUCAGUGGCCGUUGCUUUUAGAUACGCUCAUCUGCCUUGUUUAAAAGCCGGACCAAAGAAAGACCGUUAUCUACCAAUGGAUGUGUGCACAGUUAUACCUUGUGAGAAGAAACAAUUAACUGAAGAGCAGACUUCAAACUUGAUUAAGAGCACUGCGCGCCCUGCACCCGAACGACAACAAGACAUUGACGAAUGGGUAGGCUUUUUUUGUGCCAAAUUUCGAUUGUCUUAUAGAAGCCGGGUUUGGGAGGCAAACAAAACUGACUUGUCAAAUAGGGCUGAAGAAUAAUGCCGGAGUGAGACCAGGGCAAAGAAAAGGCUACUUCCGGCCCGUGUCCCUUCCAGUUUCCAGUGACAUUUGACACGAGAAACAGUUUUCAGGUAGGGGCCGAGGUAGAGGGCAGAUUGAGGUAUUUGAAAAGAUGCAUACAGGCUCUCCCCUUCUCUCCUCCCGCCGUUUCUCACUCGUUCGCUAUUUCACUGCUUGCUUGCUUUUUUCGCUCGUCCUCACAGAGCCUGGCACAGGCUAGUGUAUCUCACCGAUAUAAUAGAGGGGAUAACGUUUUUACCGAAAUAAACCUAUAAAACCAAAUAUUUUAUGAUUUUAGUUUGUUUCAUUUUUACUUUAUUAGGUUUAUGAAAGGGCUAAACUAUAUGUAGGCAAAUUCAAAGGAAAGCGAAUAUUUUGAACUGAUUGAUGUUUACUGAAUGUUUCAUGUUUUUAGCAAAGUAAUACAAAGAUUUUUUUUGCAAACCCACACAGGCUAAGAAGUACGUGGAAUUCAGCGCCGAGUACUUAGACAAGGAGUUCGGAAUCUCUGUACACUCUGAAAUGGUCGAAGUGGAAGGCCGUGUGUUACCAACGCCUCAUCUUUCUCUUGGGCAGCAAGAUGAAGUACUGACCCCUCAAAAGGGAGGAUGGGAUUUACGCGGCAAACAUUUGCACAGUGGAGCUCAGUUAAGUGUCUGGACCGUGGCGUGCUUUGCCAUGGAGCCUAAUCACCACAAUGAUGGUUUGUUGAACAAGUUUUUUAAGGCAUUGACCAACAUGUCGUGUCGGGAAGGAAUGGAAAUGACAGAACCAGUUGAUUGGGGAUACUUCCGAGGCAGACAUGAGGUAAGAUAGGAUUUUGGGGGGCAUUUCUUGAUACUGUUGAAAUCACUUUUUAGUUAGCUUUUAAGUUGUGUGGUGACUGUUAUUUGGUGUCUUGAUAUUUGCAUCUAACCAUUAUUUUCAAGAAACGGAGACAUCCAAACGGUGUUGACUUCAGUGGUGUCUCCUGUCGCAGGAUGGUCCAGGUUUUUUUUUGUGCUCCUUACUGUAUUUUCCAAACUUACGAAAGCAUGCGAUCACGUUUGCUUUAACAAUUAUUUUCUCGCCCUUAUUUCACUCUUGGUGUACUUUUGUCGCCUUUAUACGCCUUUGUUUUGGUCUCCGUAGAGGCGUGGUGGCCGAGCGGUUAGCACCUCAACCUUAGGACGUGUAGGUCCCGAUCUACUGUCUUCCUUCACGUAGGAGGGAAAAGCACCCAAUCCACGGGCGGUAGUAACAGUAAUACUCCUUACCUAGGUUCUUCUUGCUACUGAAACCGAGUUAUGUACAUGUGGGCCUCCUCAGCUCUUCCUUUUGGCUUGUGUGCGCCUUUAUCUUAUACCUCUUUCGCUUGCUAUUUCAUUCAUUUUCAUUUGUCUGUUUGCCGGUUUUAGGUAGACGGUUCAUUUCGUGACUGGAAGCAGAAAUUUCCAAACUUACAGCUUGUCAUGGUUAUUGUUCCAAUGAAGAAUAAAGAAAUUUAUGCUGAAGUGAAACGAGUGGGUGACAACGUGAUUGGGAUUCCCACCCAAUGUGUCAGGAUCAAACAGGUUGAAGAAUGCAAACCGCAAGUCUGUGCCAACCUGUCGAUGAAGAUUAAUGCAAAACUAGGAGGAGUGAACCAUGUUAUUCAUCCUUCAGUCAAGUCACUUGUGUUCGAACAACCUGUUAUUAUAUUUGGCGCUGAUGUAACUCACCCCUCUCCCCUGAAAAUGAAAUUCCAUCAAUCGCUGCUGUGGUGGCCAGUAUGGAUGUCAAUGCUGCGAAAUACCAUGCGCGAGUUCGAGCACAGAAACACAAGAGGUCUGGAGGUGCACAGGAGAUUAUCAUUGAUCUCGCGGUCAUGGUGAAAGAGUUGCUUGUUGAUUUCUACAAAGAAACUAAAGGAAGGAAGCCUAAGCGUAUCAUAUUCUACAGAGACGGGGUAAGCGAAGGGCAGUUUGAUGAAGUGCUCGUUCAUGAAGUGCGCGCUGUGCAAGAGGCCUGCGAAAUGCUUGAAAAAGAAUAUCACCCACAAAUCACAUUCAUUGUUGUUCAGAAAAGACAUCACACAAGGUUGUUUUGUAAAGACAAGCGAGAUGCAUCUGGGAAAGAGCAAAAUGUCCCCCCAGGCACCACUGUGGAUAGAGGAAUCACCCACCCCUACGAGUUUGAUUUCUAUUUGUGCAGCCAUUACGGAAUUAAGGUAGGCUGUUAACUUAUCUUAAAGAUCACAUUUUGAAUGGACCUUUUUCACUUGCCUGUUUUGUUUUCACACUGUGUUUUCUUGUUAGAAAUAGAAAGUCGGCUUGUCAAAGUGAAUAUAUCAAAUUUAAAAAGAGAAUUUUCCCUUGAUUCCUAGCAAACGGUCUACAGUCCUUUCCCGCACUCCGCUCCGGUGGCGGGGCACACAUGAUGUAACGAGGUCAAGGCUUGGGUGGGCAAUAUCAUACAAACUCGUACCGAAUUUGGCGGGGAGUUGGUACCUUUUCCAUAAGAAUGCGGGAAAGAUUUCACUUAUUGACCAGAAAACGUCUUUGAAAGAAAAUAAAUCGCUUUUUUGUCUAUUUAAAUGAAUGCAAAGAAAUAUAAUCAUCGAAACGAAAAUUAAUGUGAAAACUGAGCUUUUAACCUUCUGACCAGUCUGUUUUUGGAUAUGUUAGGUACCUUAACUCUGUAUCAUAGUAAGUUAAGCUUUGUGGUUUAAACUUCAUAGAUUAAUUAAUUAACUACUACUAUUAAUUAAUUAAAAACAGAAAAAACCUCUUUGGAAGUUGUCAGUUGGUGGUACUGUUUGUUGGUUUGUCUUUUCAUUUUUUACUAAAUAAUAGUUUUCUGUGAUUUUCAGUCUGGGAUUUUCGAAGUUCAUUAACUAAAAGCGUUCUUUUUCCUUGUCUUCUUCCUUGUGUCGUUUCAUGCAGGGGACAAGCCGACCAACACACUAUCACGUUUUAUACGACGAAAACGGUUUUAAGGCUGACGGGCUUCAAAAGCUCACAUAUCAACUGUGCCACGUUUACGCCCGAUGCCCGCGGAGUGUUUCCAUGCCAGCCCCCGCAUUUUAUGCCCAUUUGGUAGCCUUCCGUGCUAGAUACCACGUGACUUAUGGAAGGUGAGAGGCGUAAUAAUAACAACAGGAGGAAAUGGUAAUAGCAUUUUAGCUGCCUAUUUGCACCCUACCUUACAUCAGAUAAACUGGUAAUUCUUGAAGCUGACACUUGAUAUACUGUAUUUUAAGAACUCUCGUCUUAAACGAUUACUGAGCACUUUUUCUGUUGUUUGUUCUCUACCUAGGGACGGUAAAGCUACUGAUUUGGAGACGUCAGCCAAAGCCAUAGAAGUUAGCGACAAAAUGAAGCAGUCGAUGUACUUCGCUUGAGCAUCUAAACGACAGCAAAGCUACACGAUUGUUGCUGAAUUUCUCUUAAAAUCGUUGCUUGUUCCCUCGUCAAGGGUAAACCCAGGACAUAAGGCUAAAGUUAAUGAGAAACUAGAAUCCCUGUUUUGGGGGUUAGUUUUUACUUAGUAAAAAGCUAAGGUUAAAUUAACGAGUACGGACGAGAUCAAGGCAAUAACGCUCUUGCUCCAACGGAGUAACAGAAGGUCAAAACGCGCAUGAUUAGAUUGCGUUCUGUAUAUUCCAUUUAUUCUUAGUGUCGAUCUUAGUGGUAGUCCAAACUACUAUUGCUGGCUACAUACGAGCAUUCUGGAGAUUAGGAUUGGGGGCCCCUCUAGUCGCCCGCAAAAAUGUUCAAUAUAGAGACUCAAGCAACCUUGUUCCCAGGCUCUAUCUUCUUCCCGUGCCCUAAGAAGAGAGACACUCUGGAUGAAUGAGAAAUGCUUUUCAAACUUUGCUAUUCCCUUGCUUUCUAUCAAAAACAGUUCAAUUUGCAACAAAUUCCGUUUAACCCACACACUACUCGUCAAAGUGGACCUAUUCAUCUUCACUAUACUUUCGAAUUUCAAUGAGCAUAAAAAAAAAAAAAAAAUUAAGAAAUGUUGUUCGAGUUUAUGUGGAUCUUGAUCGGAAACGCUUUCAAAUUUGGAUAGAGUGUGACCUCGAGAUAGCCAAUGGCAGAGAUCCCUGAUGGAAAAAGAGAAGAAAAGAAAAAAAUUUCAGCCGUGUAACAAGGGAUUUUAACACUAAGGGCCCACUCAAUCUUUUGAUGAAAGAUAAUUUAUAAUAAACGGAUGUAAUGCUAAAUGUGGAUUCUCCUAAUACAAUAUCAUGUUAACAAAUAGCUGAAUAUUGAUUGACCAUAAAUGUUCAAGAAGUUCUUCAUUUUCAAAAACGUCGACAACCAGAUGAGGCCAAGAGCUA